UUAGCCUAUAUUAUAUGGAGCUCGGGAAAGAGCGCUUGUAUUUCACGAUUGUUUUGAGCGAGUUGACGUACUAAAUCAUGUCUGGAAGAGGUAAGACCGGCGGAAAGGCUCGUGCUAAGGCCAAGACUCGCUCAUCCAGAGCUGGGCUGCAGUUUCCCGUGGGCCGUGUCCAUAGGCUUCUCCGUAAAGGGAACUACGCUGAGCGCGUUGGUGCCGGUGCUCCUGUCUACUUGGCUGCCGUGCUGGAGUAUCUCACUGCUGAGAUAUUGGAGCUGGCUGGUAAUGCCGCUCGCGAUAACAAGAAGACUCGUAUCAUUCCACGACACCUCCAGCUCGCCGUGCGUAACGAUGAGGAGUUGAACAAAUUGCUUGGCGGAGUGACCAUCGCUCAGGGUGGUGUGCUGCCUAACAUCCAGGCUGUCCUUCUGCCCAAGAAGACCGAGAAGCCGGCCAAGACCAAGUAACUUCCCUCGACUGCUGCAUUUCCUAGUACCCAAAGGCUCUUUUAAGAGCCACCCAUCUUUGCUUUAAAAGCGCGUUUUUCUAUUUGAUCUCUAACGUUUUGGUUAUAAGCACAGACACACCCCUAUGACUUUAUAUAAUUAUUU